AUGGUCUUGGGACUACUUACUGCUAUAGCAGCUUGUCCUGCAAUCGUUGGUACUACCGAAGCAGUCCGCCAGGGCCAAAGAACAAAUGCGAAAGAAAAGCACAGAGGCGUGAAAUCGAAUCUCAUCAUAUCUUGCGCCAGGACCUCGAGCGCCGGCAGGUAUAUUGAUGGAUGCUCCGUAGUGUUGCGCGACAAUAAGCUAUGGAUUGGAUUGCCCAAUGCUGAGGGUCGCACCGAUUUCUCACUACAUCCAUUCGCGGGAUACUUCCUCCCCUAUCCCGAAAAGAACUGGGGUCGCAAGGGAGAAGGAAUGGUCUCUACGAUCUGCGAUGAACCUCCACAACUAAAUUGGAUAUACGUGGACGAAGAAACUUAUGAGGUCAAAUAUGGCCUGCGAACAGACUCGGAAGACCAUAUUGUUGGGCCAUGGGACUGCACGCCACUCGAGAAGAGAAUCACUUUGGAAGGCUGGGAGGGUUUCAUGGCUGUGGAACUGGACGGGGCAUGGUCGCUCUAUUUUGACCGGGACGACGAUGGCUUGCAAGAGAAAAUAUUUGAAGGAAGGAUUUUGGAAAUUGAGCUGACAAGGAAAGAGAGAAGGAAGGGUAGAGAUGAUGAGGGUUAA